AUGUUUGACUGCUGUCGUCUUGUCUCCGGUUCUUAUGGGGCUGUUUUGUAUGUUUGUUGAGCUGCGUUCUGCCACGCAUUCCGUUGGUAUUUUACCAUUAAUACUUGUCUACUUAACGGUAAAUUACGGACAUUAAACGCACGCACACAGGGACAAAAGCGGAAUGAGGCUACGAAUAUACAGGGUCCUUUCUCGACGAUCAUCCUGUUCUGCAGAGUCUCUGAGCUCUGA